GUGUAUGAAGAAUUUGAAGAUGCUCGCGAAUCUAACUAUGACUUAUUGGAGCCACCUUCACGACCCAGAUUUGAACCCUUGAUACGAAGACAAGAAAAACAUAAUGUGGAAGAAUACGUGCUUCGUGGAGCUGGUAAGCCAUCCUUUACAUUCAGUCCAAAGCUAAACACUCAAGUUGGUGCGUCAGAUAGAAGAAAGUCAUCUUUGCGGUUUGAUGCUGUCAGCAGCACGCCACAUCAUAAUCAUCAUGAUCACACUGAUUCUUCUACAGAUAGUCUGCACGAAGUACUACAGCGUCAAAACGAAGUCACAGAGAUGCUCAUUAAACAACAGAGUUUGUCUCAACUGCCUCAAAGAGACAUAUCCACAUUUACAGGAGAUCCUCUGACUUACAGAUCUUUCAUAAGGGCAUUCGAGCAUGCUAUCGACAGCAAAACAGACAGUCAUCAAGAUCGGCUGUACUACCUUGAACAGUUCACGAGUGGAGAGCCACUUGAUCUUGUUCGGAGCUGUGAGCACAUGAGACCCGACAGAGCUUACAGACAAGCCAGAGAGCUGCUUGAUCGUCACUAUGGAGAUGAAAUGACCAUUGCUACAGCUUAUAUCAAGAAGGCUAUGGAAUGGCCUCAGAUAAGGCCAGACGACAGAAAAGGAUUGAAUGCUUUUGCUUUGUUCUUGGUUGGAUGUUGUAACACAAUAAAUGAUGUUGACUACAUGGAUGAAAUGAACAAUCCUACCAACAUGAAGUCCAUUUUAUCCAAACUUCCAUUCAAACUGAAAGAAAGAUGGAGAAGUCAUGCUUAUGACAUUCAAGAAAAAACAAGAAAAAGAGCCAGGUUUCCUGAUUUAGUGGAAUUUGUGUACCACCAAGCAAAGGUUGCCAAUGACCCGCUGUUUGGAGAUAUCCUGGACUCCACUUCAAGUAACCAGAUCAACUCAAAAAAGCAAACAAGCAUUAGAAAAAGUGAGUCUAAAAGAAGCAGCUUUGCUGUAAAUGUGUCUGCUACUGAAAAUAGCGUCAGUAAAAGCCAACCUGAGAAGAAACCCUUUGCACUCAAGUCUGCAAGUGUCUUUCAAAGUCCAUGUCUUUACUGCCAGAAGAACCAUGCACUGAAUGCGUGCAACAAGAUUAGAGAACAGCCUCUGAAAGAAAGAAUUCAGUUCUUGAAAACGAACGGCCUUUGUUUUGGGUGUCUGACAGCAGGUCAUAUGUUCAAGGACUGUAAAAAAAGGUCUUCUUGUCCAGAUUGUUCACUCAAGCACCCAGCUAUCUUGCACGUUGUAAAGGAGGUUGCUUCAUUGAAGACCAACUGUGCAGAUGACAGCUUACAAAGCUCAAGUGAAGUCACAAGUGCUCUCGUGUCUGCAGGAUGCAAAAGAGGUGACCAUACUGGGGCCGGGAACAGUGAGUGUAUCCUUCCCAUCGUACCUGUACGGGUAAAACAUAAGAAAGACUCAAAGAUAAUCAAGACCUAUGCUUUUCUAGAUCAAGGAAGUACAGCAACUUUCUGCACUGAAGACUUGGCGAAGAGGUUGAAUAUGCGAGGCAGAAAGACAGAGUUCCUGCUUCGCACUAUAGCCCAAGAACAGAAAGUUAGUAGCUAUGAGCUUACAGAUCUGGAGGUGUGUGGCUUAGAGGAGCAAGAUUACAUUCAGCUGCCCAAUGUGUAUACUCAGCCAGAUAUACCUGCAAAAAAGGCCAACAUCCCACAGAAGAAAGAUUUGGAAAAGUGGUCUUAUCUGAGUCAAGUCCAUCUCCCAAAACUGGAUGCAGAAGUUGGUCUGCUCAUCGGUGUCAAUGCGUACAAAGCCAUGGAGCCAUGGGAGAUCAUUAAUAGUCAGAAUGACGGACCAUACGCUGUGAAGACCGCUCUUGGUUGGGUUGUCAAUGGACCAAUCAGCAGAUGUCCAGAGAAGGAGUCAGACGAUGGCAAAAGACAAAGUUUCCUUGUCAAUCGGAUUUCUGUGAUAAGCGUUGAAGAAAUGCUAAUGAAGUAUUACAAUGCAGAUUUCCCAGAAAGAAGAUGUGAUGACAGACGAGAACAGUCUCAACAUGACAAGCAGUUCAUGCAUACGGUGACAACAUCAGCCCAGCUUGUGGAUGGUCACUUCUGCAUCAAGUUGCCUUUGAAGGAUGACAAGGUGAAGAUGCCAUGCAACCGUGGUAUUGCUGAACAGAGGCUUAACUCUCUGAAGAGGAAGUUUAGUAGGAAUAUUGACUUCUUUCAAGAGUACAGGGCAUUUAUGGACAACAUACUGGAAAAAGGCUAUGCAGUAAAGGUUCCAGAAGAACAGUUGAUUCGCAAUGAUGGAAGAGUAUGGUUCAUUCCACACCAUGGGGUUUACCAUCCAAAAAAGAGGAAACUCCGAGUCGUUUUUGACUGUGCGGCAACUUACCAGGGUGUGUCGCUAAAUGACCAGUUGUUGCAAGGGCCUGAUCUAACGAACACCCUCAUCGGAGUGUUGCUGAGAUUCAGACAGGAGCCUGUUGCCAUGAUGGCAGAUAUCGAGUCCAUGUUUUACCAGGUGUGGAUUCCAGACACGGACGCAGAUAUGUUACGCUUUCUCUGGUGGCCAGGCGGUAACCUGAAUGUUGAACCAGAAGAGUACAGAAUGUGUGUGCAUCUGUUCGGUGCUACAUCAUCUCCCAGUUGUGCGUCAUAUGCAUUGAGAAGAACAGCGGAGGAUGCAGCAUCAAAGAGUACACCAGAAGCCACACAGACUGUCCUCAAGAAUUUCUAUGUGGACGACUGCUUGAAGUCAGUAGCCACAGAAGACAAAGCCGUUACUCUUGUCAGGGAGCUGAUGACACUGUGCGCUAGUGGUGGUUUCCAUUUGACGAAGUGGGUCAGCAACAGCCGAGCUCUGCUAGGUUCCAUUGCCGAUCACGAACGAGCAGCUGAGGUCAAAGAUCUUGAUUUGGAGCAUGAUGAGUUACCAGUGGAACGAGCAUUGGGGAUACAGUGGUGCACAAGUUCUGACAGCUUCAGGUUCAAAAUACAUCUGCCGGACAAGCCAUGCACAAGACGGGGUAUUUUAUCUGUAGUCAGUUCAGUGUAUGACCCAAUGGGUUUUUUGGCACCACUCCUGCUACCUGUCAAGCUCAUUUUAAGAGAUCUCUGCCAAGAGAAGAAGGGUUGGGAUGAAGAGAUCCAUGAAAAGUCAUGCCAGACAUGGAUUAAGUGGCUGACAGACUUAGACAAGCUUUCAGAACUCAGUCUGAACAGAUGUUUCAAACCCCCUGCAUUUGGGCCAACAAAGGUUGCUCAAAUCCACAAUUUCUCAGAUGCUAGUCAAGAUGGUUAUGGCGUUGUGUCGUAUCUCUUGCUGACAAAUGAUCGGGGUGAGAAACAUGUAUCAUUCUUGAUGGGAAAGUCCAGAGUCGCUCCGCUCAAACAGAUCACGAUCCCGAGAAUGGAGUUAACAGCAGCGACUGUUGCAGUCAAGAUCGAUCGGAUGUUGAAAGAAGAACUUGAAGUUCCCCUGAUGGAGUCGGUCUUCUGGACAGAUAGUACAACGGUACUAAAGUACAUUGAAAACGAUGCGCUUCGCUUCAAGACAUUCGUGGCAAACCGUGUCUCUUUCAUUAGAGAAGCGACUACAUCUUCUCAGUGGAAGUAUGUCAAUACCUCACAAAACCCAGCUGAUCAGGCUUCAAGAGGGUUGAAGAUCCAGAGCUUCUUGGAAAGUAAAAGCUGGUUUCAGGGGCCUAGUUUCCUGCAAAAAGAAGUUGAAUGGCCAGAACAACCUAAACAGUGUACUUACUUGACUGAAGAUGAUGUUGAGGUGAAGACAUCCGCUGCAGUGUCAUGCACAGACUCAAAUGAGUGCACAGAUCCAUUGAACCAGCUCGUUGAGUAUUAUUCCAGUUGGCAUAAGCUGAAAAAAGCGACAGCCUGGAUUUUGCACUUGAGAAGGACGUUGCGGCACCUUAGCGAGAAGAGAAAAGAGUUUGAGCAGAACAUACAAGAGAAUGAGAUUGAUCCAGGUAAAUGCAGAUCAGUAGUUGGACAGCAAAUGGUGAUGUACAAGAAGAACCUGGAAAAAAGGAUACUUACCGUGGAAGAUCUAUCCAGAGCUGAAAUGGAACUGGUUAAAUACAGUCAGAGACAAGCUUACUCAGAGGAGAUACAAGCCUUGCAGCCGGGAGGCUCUCGUGUGAAAAAGAGCAGUUCUAUCUUCAAACUGGAUCCAUACUUGCAAGAUGAUGUGUUGAGAGUAGGAGGACGUUUGAACAGAUCGGCAAUGCCCGAGGAGGCCAAGCAUCCUGCCAUUCUGCAUAAACAGCACAGAAUAGCUCACCUCAUUCUCCACCACAUCCAUCAAGAGUGUGGACAUGGAGGUAGGAACCACAUCCUAGCCAUAUUGCGACAACGGUAUUGGAUACCAAGAGCCAAUGCAGCAGCAAGAAAAGUGAUUUCAGAGUGCAACCUCUGCAGAAGACUCCAUGCAAAGGCAGGAGAGCAGAAAAUGGCAGAUCUGCCACAAAACCGUCUGCUCCCUGACAAACCCCCUUUCACCAACACGGGUGUGGAUUAUUUUGGACCUUUUGAGGUCAGAAGAGGACGUGCAAAGGUUAAGCGGUAUGGAGUACUAUUCACAUGUUUAACUGUCAGAGCUGUGCAUAUAGAAGUAGCCCAUUCUCUUGACACUGACUCCUGUAUUAAUGCCAUACGGCGUUUUCAAGCAAGAAGAGGACAAGUGUCAAUCAUUCGUUCCGACAAUGGCACAAACUUUGUCGGCGCUGAACGAGAGCUGCGUGAGGCAUUGUCAGAGCUGGAUCAGUCUCGUAUCAAUGAAGUCAUGAUGAGAAAGGGUGUGCAAUGGAUUUUCAACCCGCCUGCUGCAUCCCACCACGGCGGUAUCUGGGAACGUCAAAUCCGCACGGUGAGAAAAGUGCUGAGUUCUGUUGUGAAGCAACAACUCUUAGAAGAUGAAGGACUACACACUCUUCUAUGCGAAGUUGAAAGCAUCAUUAAUGGGAGACCAUUAACCACGAACACAGAUCACCCCAAUGACCUCGAGCCGCUAACGCCGAAUCAUCUGCUCACAUUGAAAACACAGCCUAGUUUUCCACCUGGUGUGUUCGCUAAGGAUGAUGUCUAUGCCCACCGGCGCUGGAGACAAAUACAAUACAUGGCGGAUCUAUUCUGGCGAAGGUGGACUCACGAAUACCUACCGCUUUUGCAAGAACGGCAAAAAUGGCUCGGCCUCAAGAGAAGUUUCAAGGUUGGAGAUGUUGUUCUCGUCGCAGAUUCGUUCCUGCCAAGAAAUUCCUGGAUGUUAGGCAGAAUGAUGAGAGUGAUGCCGGAUUCCAAAGGCGUUGUCCGAAGUGCUGAAGUUCGAACGAAGACCAGCAUCAUUCAAAGACCCAUAACUAAACUUUGUUUAUUUCAGGGAGAAGACUGAAGAUAGAAGAGAGAGACUUGAACAAGCUAAAAAAUACUUACCAGAGUAGAUUGAAUGUUGAAUAGAAAUAACCAGUUUGAUUAGACUGUGAAAAAUAUUUAGUUGUUAAUGCUUUCCAGUUAAUGUUUACUUGAAAUACCUCUCUGUGAAUAGGUUUUUUGCCAAAAGGAAUUGAGAUAGUGUUACAUUUAGCAGUAUAAAUGGCUUCAGUUUAAGUUUAAGUUGAUAAUUGAUAUGUUAAGGCCUAGUCAAUUAGGGGCCGGGAUAUGUUGAAGCCAUUUCAAUGGAACUAAUAAUAAUAUUGAAUAUAAUUUAAAAUAUUUUGAGUUUAUUUAGUAAAAUCUGAGAAUAGCUGUGUUGCAAAUGGAACGUAGAAAUUUGAAUGUAAGCAGUUGCCCAGUGAUCUAGUAUAAUGUAAUUUGAUUGGUUGUUAGAUUUAGUAUGAAAGAAUAGUAUACUGCGAAGCAGUCAGAAGCCACUGGACUUUGGAGCAACACAGUCUUUUGACCUACACGGAACAGUUAAUUUGUAAGAAAAG